AUUUUAACCUUAAUACGUUUGCGAAACAAAACAUCAACCUUUACGGAAGUUUUAUUGAUUUUAAAUUUUCUAGUGAAUAACACAGAAAAUAAGUAUAAUUUAUUGAUCAUAAUCUAUUCCACGCCCUUGGAACGGCGGAUAACAUCAAGUGCAGUUAUAAUUUCACAUCGUCACGAAGUUAAACUGAAUUUUUUAUUAAGCAGUGAAUAUUUUAUAUCUAUUGAGGGGAAAAGAUAAUUUAGAUAUGGCAAAUUACGGAAACAAUCAAAAUUUUUGGGACGGUACAGGUCAAAAUCAAAGUCAAGAUUUCAACUUUGAAAUACCGGAUCAAGAAUUGCAUUUUCAAACCUUUGAAAACACCCAACAACCUUCUGGCACUCAAAUUACAUACACAAAUGUUCCACCAGGUCAAUAUGCGGGGUCGUUUUUAGAUGGAUCACAAGCAGCAACAGGCAAUUUGUACGGCAACACUGAAUUUGGUGAACAAAAAACCUACACAGGGAAUGAGUUUGAUGAUGAACCGCCAUUGCUUGAAGAACUUGGAAUAAAUCCCCAGCACAUAAUUCAAAAGACACUUUCAGUUCUAAACCCCUUCCGAACAACUGAGAAGAGUAUUUUUGAGGACACCGACCUGGCUGGUCCACUUGUUUUCUGCAUGGCAUUUGGCAGUUUCCUUCUUCUGUCAGGAAAAGUGACAUUCUCUUACAUUUAUGGAAUUGGAGUGUUGGGCUGCUUGGCAUUCUACUGCUUACUUUCAUUAAUGGCAACCACCAAUGUGACAUUGGCUGCUGUCAUUUCGGUUCUUGGUUACUGUCUUUUACCAAUGGUUGUGUUGUCAGGCAUAAAUGUUCUAAUCACAAUUCAGGGAUUGAUAGGAAUGAUUCUGACAGGAUUUUCAAUAUUAUGGUGUGCUAUAUCUGCGUCAAAGCUUUUCGUAACAGCACUUUCAAUGGACCAUCAGCAAAUCCUUGUAGCAUAUCCAGUUGCUUUAUUUUAUGGCGUCUUUGCGCUUAUUACUAUCUUUUAAGAGCUUUACGUCACAUCCAAUGUUCUUUUAAAGUAUUGAAUAAAAUAAGAAAUUUUUUGUAAUCUUAACAUUUUCUUAUCUCCCUUAAAUGUAAUUUUC